CUAAAUACAUAACGGGACUCAACAUAUAAAGCCAGAGACGUCGCCAAAGCUCACUGAAGCUUGAAGCCUCUCGAGCAUCGCGAAAACGAAGCGCGAAAGAGAAAAACCCUAAAAAAUCGCGAGAGAGACGAUAUAGUGUCUUGAAAUCCCAAUUCGUGCACGAUGAUCAUCCCAGUUCGUUGCUUCACUUGUGGAAAGGUGAUUGGGAACAAAUGGGACACAUACCUUGAUCUUCUCCAAGCUGAUUACACCGAAGGAGAUGCUCUUGAUGCGAUUGGGUUAGUCCGUUACUGCUGCAGGCGUAUGCUUAUGACUCAUGUCGAUCUAAUCGAAAAGCUUUUAAACUACAACACGAUGGAGAAAUCUGACGCCAAUUGAAAAACGAUGCUAUAACGAAUAACAAGUCAGCAAGUGCAAAAGUGAAGUCUUGACUAGGAACUGAUGAUGUUUGAAUGUUUUGUCAUGUUUCUGUUCGGUUUUAGGAACUUGGGUCUAAUUUAGACGAGCCACAUAUAAAGCUCAAGCUUGUAGACUCGUCAUAUGUUGAUGAUUUGCUUUUGGUAAUUAUUAUAAAAGGAUUCAAUCUUUAAAAAUCUAAUGGCUUCAUCUUUUAGAUGUUGGCUUUAGCCAUCAC